AUGACCGCCCGGCGCAGGGUCAACCGGAAGAUGUCCUUCCACGUGGUCUACCGGGCUCCCUGCGGCCUCAGCCUGCGCAACAUGCAGGAGGUGGAACAUUACCUGUUUGACACGAAGUCCGACUUCCUCUACCUGGACAUGUUCUGCUUCGACCCGUACGUGCUGGUCGACCGCAAGUUCCAGCCGCAGAAGCCCUUCUACUACAUCAGGGACCUGACCUACGGCGCGGAGGACGUGGCGCUGUCGUGCGUGAACGAGAUCGACAUGACCCCCCCUCCCCAGGUGGCCUACAGCAAAGAGAGGAUCCCCGGAGAGGGCGUCUACAUCAACAACUCGCCUCAGUUCCUGGUCGGCUGCGACUGCACGGACGGCUGCAAGGACAG